GCUUUCCUCACAAUAUGAAGAUCAACCUGCUGAGAUUCUGCUGUUGUUGCCAGGUUCUCCUGCUGAGCCUGUCCUUAAUCUCUGCCUGGACUGUAGACGACUUAAUACAUCGCAUGGGCAUCUGCAGUGAACCCCCGCGGUAUGGCACCUGCAAGGCGCAACUCCGAAAGUGGUACUACAUCUCAAAGCUGAAGAAGUGCAAGCCGUUCAUCUACUCCGGCUGUGGUGGCAAUGAGAAUCGAUUCUAUAACAAAAUGGAGUGCGAGGAGUACUGUCAAAUUUAAAAUGCCCAAAGGAUAAAUUGGAUGAAGCUCUGAGUUACAACUUUGUCCUUAUGCUCAUCUUUUUACCUCAUUUCAGGGGAAUAAUGAAAGCAGAGCUGCAAUCCUUCAACGUUUCGGAGAAGGUUUAGCGCAAUUAUUGUUAGAACCAAACAAAACAUAUUUCAUACGAUAGAUAUUUUAUAUCCUUGAUUAUUUUCUAAAUUUCAAUAAUGUCU